AGCUCUUUGAAAUCGUUUGCACGGACUGUUUGAUCCAGUAGCAAGGGUGUUGUUGUCGUGGACUGUGUGACAACCUUAUGUCUUACAGAAAUGGCCGGAAUUAAAGCUCUGAUCAGCCUGUCCUUUGGUGGGGCCAUUGGACUCAUGUUCCUGAUGCUAGGAUGUGCCCUUCCAGUGUAUGAUAAAUACUGGCCCUUGUUCCUCCUCUUCUUCUACAUCCUCGCCCCAAUCCCUUACGGCAUCUCCCGGAGAAUUGUUGACGACACAGACUCGGCAAGCAACGCCUGCAAAGAGCUGGCUUUAUUUCUCACAACAGGCAUAGUGGUUUCAGCUUUCGGCCUGCCAAUAAUUUUCGCCAGAGCCGAUGUUAUUGCCUGGGGAGCAUGUGCGCUUGUGUUAACAGGCAAUGUAGUGAUCUUCGCAACCAUUCUGGGAUUCUUCUUGGUCUUCGGAUCAAACGACGACUUUAGUUGGCAGCAGUGGUAAAAUUGGGAGCGUGAGGUGGGGGACUAAGUCUGAACUGUUUAUAUUACUAGAAUUGUUAUUAUUAUUGUCAUUAUGAUUACUAUUAUUGUUGUUUUGUAUAUUUAUGACCACCCAUCCACAGACACAUUAAACCAGUGCAAUAAUUUGAUUUAACUGUCAUGCGGAACGUCAGACUGACUUCAGGUGGAUGUGCUGACUUUCAUAUGUACUUUUUGUUUGCUCCAUGUUUGAGUCUUCUCCAUUCAUGUACCUGUACAGGCUUAUCUUUUGAGAGUCAAAAUCUUUAUAAUGUUGAAAUCAUAAAAGUCCAUCUUAUCUGUAAAAAUGUCAAACUUAAUGUAAACCUGGACUCAGAUUGACCUAUGGGAGGGAUUGUGAUUGUCUGAAAGGUGGAAGCUUUUCCUGUGACAAAGAUAUCUAACUGACAAAUGUUGUUACUCCUUUGGGAUUGACGGUGUACAAUAGCGUGCUGGUCAGUCUUGAGGAAAGUUUCCCCCUCCAAGUGCAGACAGCACAGGAUAUUUUGUAUGGAGUAUGUGUUGUUUUUGAAGAGCAUAUUGAAAGCUGUGAGCUUUAGUCUCUCAGAUUGAAACCUUUCAAUACUAACGUACAUACAGCGUACAUUGAUAUAAUACAUUAUACAAUGCACUGUCACCUAUUGCAGUGAUCAAUUCUAAUGACUCAGCUAUUCAAAUAGGUUCAUUUGAUACUGACCUCUUGUGCUUUGUUGUUUAGCCUAGUGUAGCAUAUUCUGUUCCUUUUGAAAAAUGUCUAGAAAUCAUUGUAACCCAGUGUCGUCUUUUCUCUCUAAAACAAAGUCGGCAUCAAUUUGUUGGAGCAAGGUUUAGAAAUCAUCAAAAACCUUCGUUAGACAGCCCAGGAUUAGGGCUAGCCGGUGGAAUCAUGGCCAAUUUAAGAUCUAGGCUACUUAUAACCAAGGGUAAUACUGCUAGGCCUGGAUUUACCAGGUAUUCUAUUGGUUUCUAUACCUGGAGUAGGAAACAAAGGCUGCACUGUAAUUAUGUUUCAAAGAUAAAUGUGGACCAACCCCAGUGUUUACCAAGUCACAUCCUGUUUAGGCCUAUAUUUUGUAUAGCUGCACUAAAAUGUACUCGCGUCCUCUUGUUGAAGGAAAUGAGCUCGCCGUAUAGGCCAAAACUAGUUUUUAAUGUGUUUUUUUGUAUGCCUGCAUUGGGUGUGCUGAUACCAUACAUUCUCCCAGUGUAGUUUGUCAUUAGUUAAAGGUCUCAGUGAACAGUGUGCUGCAGCUUUGGAGUUUGUUACAUUUAACUGAAUUAGUCAUAGCUAACCAAGGUAUUAAGCAGCUGUCACACCAUCUGCACUGGUUUGUUCAUCUGGAUGGAAGGAUUAAGUGUUUAUGAUCUCUUUCUUCUUUCAUACAUCAAAACAAAUAAUCAAAUAUACAGUACAAGUCAAAAGUUUGGACACACCUACUCUAUCAAGGGUUUUUCAUUUAUUUGUACUAUUUUCUACAUUGUAGAAUAAUAGUGAAGACAUCAAAACUAUGAAAUAACACAUGGAAUCAUGUAGUAACCAAAACAGUGUUAAACAAAUACAUAUAUUGAAGAUUCUUCAAAGUAUCCACCCUUUGCAAUUGAUGACAGCUUUGCACACUCUUGGCAUUCUCUCAACCAGCUUCAUUAGGUAGUCACCUGGAAUGCAUUUCAAUUAACAGGUGUGCCUUAUUUGUGGAAUUUAUUUCCUUCUUAAUGUGUUUGAGCCAAUCAGUUGUGUUGUGAAAAGGUAGGGUUGGUAUACAGAAGAUAGACCAGACCCAAGUCCAUAUUAUGGCAAGACCAGCUCGAAUAGGCAAAGAGAAAUGACAGACCGUCAUGUCAAUCUGAAAAAUUUCAAGAACUUUGAAUGUUUCUUCAAUUGCAGUUGCAAAAACCAUCAAGUGCAACAAUGAAACUGGAAAGGUAGAAUCAGCUAUCUCUGCUGUAGAGGAUAAGUUCAUUCGAGUGACCAGUCUUAGAAAUUGCAGCCCAAAUAAAUUCUACACAUGGUUCAAAUAACAGACACAUCAAAACAUCGACUGUUCAGAGGAGACAGCGUGAAUCAGACCGUUAAGCACAGUGGAGGAGUGAUGGUGUGGGGUUGCUUUGCUGGUGCCAUUGUCAGUCAUUUAUUUAGAAUUCAAGGCACACUUAACCAGCAUUUCUACCACAGCAUUCUACAGCGAUACGCCAUCCCAUCUGGAUUGCCCUUUGUGGGACAAUCAUUUGUUUUUUUCAGCAGGACAAUGACCCAAAACACACUUCGAGGCUGUGUAAGUGCUAUUUGACCAAGAAGGAGAGUGAUGGAGUGCUGCAUCAGAUGACCUGGCCUCCACGAUCACCCGACCUCAACCCAAUUGAGAUGGUUUGGGAUGAGUUGGACCAGAGAGUGGAGGAAAAGCAGCCAACAAGUGCUCAGCAUAUGUGGGAACUCCAUCAAGACUGUUGGAAAAGCAUUCCUCGUGAAGCUGGAUGAGAGAAUGCAAGAGUGUGAAAACCUGUCAUCAAGGCAAACGGUGGCUACUUUGAAGAAUCUCAAAGAAACACUUUUCUUGGUUACUUCAUGAUUGCAUAUGUAUUAUUUCGUAGUUGUGAUGUCUUCACUAUUAUUCUACAGUGUAGAAAAUAGUCAGAAAUGAAGAAAAACCCUUGAAUGAUGUGUGUCCAAACUUUUGACUGAUACUGUACAUUUAUGCCUACAGCAAUGCACUGAUGGUAUAUCUACAGUUUUUGGAUAUCCAAUGUAAUCCAUACGGUUUUAAACCACAAAAUGAUUGUAAAAGACCGAGUACUGCAUAGUGAAAGUCUGAGAAAUGUCCAACAAAUUCCAAUAUAAUUCAAAACAAACAAACUGCUGAAUCAAGUCAUUCUAAUCAUGGGAUGGGUUUGUCACUGAUUUAUUUUAUGAAAGAUAUGUUGUUUCACAGACCUGAAAUAUUUUAUUUAUUUGUUUUAGCAGACACUGUGUAGAUGUCCAAUUGCCAUUUUCUAUAUACGAGUUUUGUGUUCGGAGGCAGAAGUCACCAUGGUGGUUUUCUUUUCUAAAUAAAUGCAAUUUUUGAACAUCU